GGAACAUGGAGGCCCAUGGGAGGGCUGGAAGGACCUCUGGAGAACUGCUUCAGGAUGAAGAUGGUCGGUGCGCUGCUGGUUACGCUCUGGCUGUGCAUGGUCACCCUUGGCAGUGGCUCGGAACGCUGCGAUGACUGGGGUGUGGACACCAUGAAGCAGAUCCAGAUUUAUGAUGGGGAACCUGCCAAGAUCAAAUGCCCACUUUUCGAGACCUUCUUAAAGUACAACUACAGCACAGCCCAUUCUGCUGGCUUGACCCUGAUCUGGUACAGGAUCGGGCAGGACCGGGAUCUGGAGGAGCCCAUUAAUUUUCGUCUCCCAGACAGUCACAUCAGUAAGGAGAAAGACACCCUUUGGUUUUGGCCUGCUCUUCUCAAUGACACUGGGAAUUAUACGUGCAUGCUCAGAAAUACAACCUACUGCAGCAAAGUUGCAUUUCCCCUGGAGGUUGUUCCGAAAGACCAACACUCUUGUGUAAGCCAUUCAAUAAAACCCACUGAGGAGAUGUUCUACUUGGAGCAUUACCAUGAGAAGAUCGUAUGUCCAGAUAUUGAUGGGUUUUACCCUGCUAGUGUAACACCAACUGUCAAGUGGUACUUGAACUGCAACUUGGUGGAUGGCUUCUAUGAGCGACACCCCCAAGGGUCCAGGCUUGUCAUUGGCAUUGUCCGUAGCGCGUACAAAGGGAAUUACACUUGUAUAGUGACAUUCAAGGACCACGGAAGAACCUAUAAUCUCACCAGAACCAUAAAGAUGAAGGUGGUGGGAUCUCCGAACAAGGCCUUGCCACCACAAUUCACCUCUCCAAACGAGAAAGUUGUCUACGAAGUGGAAGCAGGAGAUGACCUUGUUCUGUCCUGUGAAGUCUUCUUCACUUUCCUGAAGGACUCCCGGACUGAGGUGUGGUGGACCAUAGAUGGGAAAAACACAGAUGACAUCACAGACCCCAAGAUAAAAGUCACACAAAGUGAAAUUACUAGAGAUUUUGAAGACAAAACUAUCAUAAGGACUCUAACAGUUGCAAAAGCCACACCAGAGGACUUGAAACGGAAUUAUACUUGCUAUGCCAGAAACGCCAAAGGCAAGGACCAUCGCCAGGCCAUAGUGCGCAUGAAAGUUGUAGCACCGAAGUACACCGUGGAGCUGGCCUGUGGACUGGGGGCAACCAUCCUGCUCAUUGUGGUGCUGGUAGUCAUCUAUCACGUUUAUUGGUUUGAAAUGGUCCUCUUCUAUCGGGCUCAUUUUGGAACAGAUGAAACCAUUCUAGACGGGAAGGAGUAUGACGUGUACGUGUCCUACGCGCGCAACGCGGAGGAGGAGGAAUUUGUGCUGCUGACGCUGCGGGGAGUCUUGGAGAAUGAGUUUGGGUACAAGCUGUGUAUCUUUGACAGAGACAGCCUUCCUGGAGGAAUUGUCACAGACGAAACCCUCAGCUUCAUCCAGAAAAGCCGACGUCUGGUUGUUGUCCUGAGCCCCAACUACGUCUUGCAGGGGACACAAGCCCUGCUGGAGCUCAAGGCUGGUCUAGAGAAUAUGGCCUCCAAGGGCAACAUCAAAGUCAUUCUAGUGCAGUACAAAGCCAUCAAGAAGAGCAAAGUGAAGGAGCUGAAGCAGGCCAAGGCGGCCUUGACUCUCAUUAAAUGGAAAGGAGAGAAAUCCAAGUUCCCAAAGGGCAGGUUCUGGAAGCAGCUGCAGGUGGAAAUGCCAGUGAAAAAAAUUAGCAGGAGUUUGAGCCUUGAAGGGCUCAUGCGUAUCCCUGAAAAGUGUUUGACACCAUCGGAAAACAAAACAAAACAAACCCCCAAAAUCCACAAGUUAGGCCAGGGAGUGGGAAGGAACUCAGGGUUUUUGCCAUGAAGGACUGUGUCCCAAGCAUUUUAGAGGACAGUCAUGUCUCCCUGUAGCUUUUCUACUGCCCUGGCAGUAGAGAGACCAAAGAUGCAUACACCUCCUCUCUGCAAAUGCAUGUCCUUGUCAUCAACCACACAAUCCCUGGGCUCAGCAUCUAAAUUUGGGCUAUCCAGGUGUGAUGCAGCCAACACCUUGUGAUAGCAUGGUAUUUGCGUAGGCCAGUACUCCUAGCUCCAGUUCCUAUGGGACUUUUGUUAGCAUCUAGGACAGAGCUCCUUUCCUCUCCUAAGCAGCUUCACUCCUUCCUGGUCGUUGGUCCUUGUUGCAGAGGCUGGGGAACAGCUUGAAAGGUGGCUCCAGUAUAGAGCCUUUCAUGCGUGUCCCAGCUAUAUUGUGCUGAUCAUUGUGGGGGGAGCAUAAACUCUUGAGGCUCCUCAUCUUUGCUCCCCAUGUUUCUGUAGGAGCAGGGGCAUUCAGACAGUUUGGCAAUGUGAAAUGGCUGUUACGAAAACAUUUUAAAAAAAGCUCCGCUAGGUGGUAUUUGUAUUGUAGCAUUUCUACUAAUAAGUGGUCAGUCUGUGGGACUCUGCUGUCUCUUGAGUACCCCAGAUCCUUCAGGGCUGUAAUGCUUGUAAUCCACGGGAAACCUCUCAUUAGUACAGGCCAUGGAGCAUGUCUGAGAGAUGCCUUUUUGUAAACUCGGGGACUUCACAAGCACUGCAAGGAACGCCAAUUUACUACUGAACCCGCCUACUGUCUCUGUGCUGCUGGCUGGGGGAAAGCAUCACGCAAGGUGCUGCUGAGGCCUCUGGGAUGACACUGGAUAUAUAUCCAACUCCCCAGGAGACCCUACAAACUUAUUUGAACUUAUUAAAAACCACUAGCUCUGUCCAGCUGGGUAAGACUAUGACGAAAAGCUGAGAAAGUUGGGGUUGUUCAGCCUGGAGAAGAGAAGGCUCUGAGAAGACCUUAUUGUGGCCCUUCAAUACUUAAAGGGGGCUUAUAAGAAAGAUGGGGACAGACUUUUUAGUAGGGCUUAUUGUGAUAGGACAAGGGAUAAUGGUUUUAAACUAAAAGAGGGUAGAUUCAGACUAGAUUUAAGGAAGAAAUUUUUUAUGACGAGGGUGGUGAAACACUGGAACAGGUUGCCCAGAGAGGUGGUAGAUGCCCCAUCCCUGGACAUAUUCAAGGUCAGGUUGGACGGGACUCUGAGCAACCUGAUCUAGUUGAAGAUGUCCCUGCUCAUUGCAGGGGGUUGGACUAGAUGACCUUUAAAGGUCCCUUUCAACCCAAACUAUUCUAUGAAGACUCAGUGUUCUCUGCCUGGCUAUGAACAACAUCACCAUUCAUAAUUCAGGGCUCAGGUUUAAAGUAGCCUUGGUGUUACAAAGCAAGUCUCCACCCAUCUUGUUUCCAGCCCAGAGCUGCAGAACAGAGGAUGUAUCUCAGCUUCUGCAAGCUUUGCACAAAUGGAAAUAUAAAAAACCAUUGAGUACCAGUCCUUGCUUCAGUGGGAGGCAGCAGGCAUAGGAGAGGACCUGGUGAGUUAACCCCCAGCAGACAGGCUUUUCAGACCAAGGAGGGGAGUGUCCCUUCCCUUGUAGGACAGACCAAAGCACAGUGGGACUCUGGCAUUGACUGGUACUGUUGUUCACAACGUUUUCACAUGAAACUACAAGCUCUGGGGGUGUCUCCAUACUCCUGUAGCUUCCAAUGCAAGGGCCUGCCCACUUAAUUGUGGAAUUCAGUAUUACGCACACUAAGUGCAUGCUUAUUUUUUUGUUGAUAAUGGUUGCUCCUGAGUCACCUCUGACUCAUGCUUUUGCUCUGUUGGUGUCCAGCAGGUGAAGCAUAUCUAUUCCUAAUGGCAUUAAAAAAGCACUACAAUUUGGAGUCUAUGCACUAUUCAUCCAGCUGAGCAGGGAGGUUUGAGGGCCUCCCAGUAAACAGCCCAGUCUUAAAGGUGUGGGGCUGAAUCCUGGCAUCAGUGAAGCCCCUUGCUCUUAGCAUCAUAUGAUUAAUGAUGUUAUUCCAGGGCAGCGGGGAGCCACAGCCACCCAUACUGUUGGGCAGGUACUGUACAAAUGUGGAACAAAUAGAGCUUCUUUCUCACCGUCCUCUUCACCCCCCCUGCCCCAAGUAAGCUUUGCUUUAAGCAGGUAAAAUUGCAGUCAGCUUCACUGAGGGCAGUGGAGCUCCUCAUCUGCUCAGAGGUGCUUAACAGCUUUGCUGUUACAAGCUUUUCUACCGUGGCUGUCAGUGGAGGGACAGAGCUGCUUCUUCCCACACUCCGGAAAGCUUCAUUUAUAUGAAAUAGCACCCAAAACCAUGCUCAGCUUUGUGAAGCCAUUGCAACCACAUCAUUUUGCCCAGCUUCACCUUUUUGUUUGUGUUUUCAGCAUCUCUGUAAUCAGCUGCCAGAUCUGCAGGCAGAGGAAAGGCCCCGAGGCCAAAUCAGAACUGUGUUAGAUUCCAAUUUGAUUUUUAAAAAAUAGUCUCAAAAAUACACAUAAAUUCAAUUAACAACCCAGACCUCACCACAUCACAUCUCACUUUUGGCUGAGGUACCAAGAGAACUUCUGCUGAUGUUUUAGUAAGACUGAUUAUUUUAGGAAGUUAAAUUCACCUCAUUUAUCUUGCUGAUUUUAUUCAAAGAGUUUUCCAAAUAAAUAAUAGACCAGGACUUUCUCUGGCAUACAUCGCAGCAGCCCUUGGUGCCAUUGCAACCUCAGAACAGGAUUACUGAGAGACAUCAGCAGAGCACCCCCAAGGCAAAAGAUGCGAUGGUCUGAAAGGGGCCCGAGAAGUCCAGAGGGAGCAGUGUGGAAGGAAUAGCACUGGACCAGCUCCCCUUCCGUGGGAGCUUUACCACUGGCAUUGCUGGGAGCUGUCAGGUGAGGGGCAAAGCCCAGUCCCAGCCGUAAUGCAGAUCUGCAAAGCACCUCACAUACGCCUGCCAUUUCAUCCUAUGCCACGUGUGGUUUCCAUUGUGGGAUUCUGUCACAGCAUCUGUCUAGUUCAGUUGAUUCAUUUGAGUUUCUGUGCUCUAACCUAAUGUUUAUCAAUAUGCAGCUCAUACAAAGUUCCUCGUUGUUAUUUCAUGGGGAAAUAGCGUGGCACAAAUUGGAAAAAAUAUCUUCCCUCCCCCAUGCCAUUUGAUGUUGUACAGCUGUUCCAGAGUUUUCCCUUCUCUUUUCUGUAUGUUUUUGCCUUUAUGUUAUUUGGUCUGUGAAGUGUCAGUAUUUUAUUUUGCUUUUCAAUAAAACAUUUUCACUUUUGCAUUUCA